GCUACACUUUUGGAGCAUCAACAACGCAAGCACGCAUCAGCAGCACAAUUGAUCGAAUGUGCCAACAGCUAUCGGCCGUUGACUUCGGAUCAAGAAGCUGUAGCUGGAAGAAAAUGGUCUAGCCUCAUCGUGAUCGUUGUUGCCUUCCGAUUCACCAUCAUGUUAUUCGCUGAGAAUGACGCGCCGCUGCUCAAAGCGUGGAUUGUUCAGCGGCUCGCAAAUACAUCCGAUGCCGAUGCCGAUGUCUUGGCUGACUACGUUCUGGCGCUCCUGCGACACGAUGGCGAUGUCGACUCCAUACGGAAGCUUUUCGAGGAAGAGAUACCGGAUUUCCUUAGAGAAGAUUCCGCUGCCUUCACAAACGAUGUCUUCCAAGCUGUCCAGUACCGAUCGUACGUUCCCGGUGCUCCGCCGCCUCCCCCGAUCCCGCGACAGGCGCCCGCUCCGCCCUCGGCACCGCAAGCCCUGCAAUCUCAACAUGUACCCCAGGGGCCAGCAUCACAAUUGCAAUAUCAGCCGCCGCAGCCCCCGCCUAUGUUCCCGGACUCGCAUCAUACUCCGUACGUCGAUACUCGCGGUCCCUUCUCCAACCAACCUUUCCGUAAUGGAUCGAAAAAGCGGUCUUACCGUGACUUGGAUGCCCCUGACCCUCUGACCCCGGCGUGGAGCCCCUAUAACCCUUCGCUGUAUCAGCAGGAUGACACAGACCUUCCGCCAUAUAAGCAGGCACGAAGAGGCGGUAUCUUCACACCGCGUGGCGGUCGCUUUGAUGACGCCUAUGGUGCACGAGGUCGUGGCGGUCCCAACGGCUAUCUCGUCAACGAGUUUCCCGGCGUUCCUCAUAGCACAGGACCACCUGGUUAUAGUCCGCAUCAACCCUUUCAGACUUCGUCAUCACAGGGUAUGCCGCCUAUUGAUGCCAACAGUAUUCUCGAGAACAUUCGACAACUGCAGGAACUUGGUGCACAAAUGGGAAUCCAGAUGCCCCAGACAGGACCUCUCCCCACGCCGGUAUACUCAGGGCCCGCUUCGACACCGCAUACGCAGAGAAGACGCGGUCGCUGCAGGGACUAUGAGACGAAGGGUUUCUGUUCCCGAGGCAACAAGUGCUUAUACAAACAUGGAACUGGACCUGCCUAUCCUGCAAAGGCGCCAGGUGACGAGUACGAUCCCAAUGACGCAUCUAUGUCUAUUACGUUGGAGCACCCAGGACAACCUGUUAAGCCCGUAGACAUGCCAUUGCUACAAAUGCCCCCACAAAUGCCGCCCUUUAACCGUCGAGAACCUAAGAAGUCGAAACGUAAAGGUAGUCGGGCACCUUUCUCUGCCGAGGGACCUGUGCAUGACAAGACGAAGACGCAGAUUGUUGUGGAGAGCAUCCCCGAAGAGAACUUCAACGAAAAUGCAAUUCGCGAAUUCUUCACGCAGUUUGGUACCAUUGAGAAUGUAUCACUGCGGCCAUCGCAUCCUAAGCGCAUUGCUAUUGUCAAGUUUGACAGCUGGGCCUCUGCGAAUGCUGCUUGGAAAUCUCCAAAGGUUGUCUUUGAUAACCGAUUUGUUAAGGUAUAUUGGUAUAAGGAUGAGUCUCCAGUUGCAUCUAAUGCUAAGCUAGCGAACGGUGCCAAAAGUGACUCCGCAAAUGGUCAAGCAGGCAAACUAGCGUCGACGGAGCCUGAAUUUGACAUGGAAGAGUUUAAGCGCAAGCAAGAAGAAGCCCAAAGGAUACACGAAGAGAAGACGCAAAAGCGCGAAGCUAUCGAGCGGGAGCGACAGGCUCUUGAAGAGAAGAAGCGUGCCUUAGCGGCGCGACAGCAAGAAGAGAAGCGUAAGCUGCAAGCCAAGCUCGCUGCACGCGGUGUGAGAGAAGCUUCGCUUUCGCCUAUCUUAUCUAGACCGAGCAAUGACGGUGCCAAGCCGUCACAGGCGGAAACGCUACGUGCGAAGCUGGCUGAGCUGGAGGCAGAGGCUAACUCACUUGGACUCGAUGCCGACGCGGUGCAGGAGGAGGCAUCCUCCUGGGCGCCCAGAGGUCGUGGAAGAGGCAGACGGCCCUUUUACCGGGGACGUGGCAGCUUUCCGCCCCGAGCUUCCAGAGGUGGUUAUGGGUACCGUGGUAGGGGAGGCGCCGGUGUAGAUGUACAUGCUGCGUAUGCUGCUUACUCGCUUGACAACCGGCCUAAGAUCAUCGCAUUAACAGGUGUGGAUUUCACCGACCCGUCGAAAGACGAAGCAUUACGGCACUAUCUUUUCGGCAUCGGCGAGUUUGCAGCAAUCCACACAGACCCCACGACAACUCAUAUCACCUUCAAGGACCGCAAGACGGCAGAGCAAUUCAUGUUUGGCGCCUCAGCUAACAAAACGAUCCCUGGAGUUGAGGGGAUGCUGGAACUUACUUGGACUAUGUCGGCGCCGAAGACCGCUGGGGCAGAUAGCGACUUGCCCGUGGCUAGUGGCAUUGAUGAAGAACAGUCAAAGGCUCCCAACGUAGACGCAGACGAAAACGCUAGCUUCAGUGCGGUUGCGGACAUAGGCGAUGCUGGUGAUCAAGGCGAUAUGGACUACGAAGGCGGCGAAUGGGACAUUUCUUGAGUUUUUUUUGGUAUUGAGCACAGAAUGAUUUGUAAAAGUUGUCGGUAAUUAUGUAUUAGUUAUAUGGCAGGCGAGAGGUUGCGGUGAUCCAGUGGAAACACUGGUUGAUGAGAUACCACUUGCUUGCGAUGUCCUUGGAUUUCAAAUGUGAAAAAGGGCUACGAGAUCCAGGCGAUCCUAGUUAAUAGUUUUUCCCUUUCUCUUCAUCUUAUUAUACUAUAUUAUCUU